AUGGACACAAUAACGACCAGCCACGGAGGCCCCUUGCAGCUGCAGCCAUCGUCAGUCUUGGGCUUGCGAUCAGCCAUAAUGGCUGUGCUCCGGCAGUGUGCUUUGCAGAGUUUGGUGGAGAUUCUGACCCUGCACCAAGGUCACCGUGUCCGGCUUGCCCUCAAAAGCUGGUUGAACAGUGUGCGUCAGGUUCAGCUCCACCAGCACCAUGCUCGAACUGCGGCUGAAGCCUCUCGAGCUUCUGACAGGCUGGCUGAGAAGCACGAGGGCAAUGUGGCGCAGCUUCGGAAGGAGUGGAAGCACGCCAGACAGGCCAUGAUGCAAAGCCAGCAGCAUGAGAUGAACGACGAUGAGCUGCAGAAGUUGAGAGAUUUGGACAAGCGAUACCGUCGCCAAAUGGCCGAAAUGCACGACAGUCACGAAGAGCUGCAGGGUGAACAUCGCUCAGCACAUAAAGAGGCACAGACAAUGUGCAAGAAAAAUAUCAAGGUCCUGGCCAUGGGCGUUCUGGAAAGCUUGGCCACGCGGACAGGCCGGACAGGUCGAGGCGACGAUUGGCCGCAAGGAGACAGUCCCAGCGUCUGUUUUAUGCAGUGGGCUUUCACCCAGAAUCCAGAGGCCUGGUGCCCUUUGCCCCCCGCACGCGAUUUGAAGCACGCUAUGGUACUGUCAGAGCAGCGCUCGCAGCUGGCCUUCUUCUUGCGGCAGCUGCAGGAGACGCUUCAGGGCCUUCCGCAGGCCCUGCGAGCUGCGGCUGCUCAACGGCACCCGGGAGGCGAUCACCGCGAGGAGCUGAUUCCCAAGCAAACGGCGGUGGCGGCGCGUCUCUUACGCCGAGCCUUGCAGAACAUCUUGUGGAAACGGCUGGGUUGCUUCUUACAUAGGCUCAUCGGGCUGAGGCCUUUACCUCGCUCCAGCCACCGCAGCGCCGGUGCCGGUGCACAGAGCGGGGCGCCCCUGGGGCGCCGCUCGGUGGCGCGGCAGGGCGCGCAUGCACAGCGUUCGAGCGCUUUCUUCCUGGGGGAGGACUUUGGGGAUAUUCAGCGCAGUCCGCCCACAACUGCUCAUGAGCUUCAUGGCACCCAAAGCCUACGUGAUGCCAAGGCUUCAAAGACGGCCCACCCGAAGAUGCAAACGGAAGACGCCGCCUUGAAGAUCCAAUCGGUGGAGCGGGGCCGUCGCGCGCGGAAGAGUAUGAAGCUGCAGAUGCAGGCCACAAUGUCACCCCCGGUGGCAUCGGAACGGCCCGUGGGUCCCACGGCCGCUUCGGUGCAUGGCGCGGUGGUUGAACAACCUCCACCAUCUCAUCCCUCUCAUCUUCCUGCUUUACCACCGGUACCGCUGAAAGUCCAAGAAGCAGCGGCUACUAAGAUCCAAGCACACCUGCGGGGUCGCAUUGGCAGAAAGGUGGUGGCACAGAAGAAGAAGGUCUUCUCCCGUCGAUCGGCCUUGAAACUCAUCGCCGCCAAGCCUGGCCCUUCGGGCCCUUCGGGCCCUUCGUCGCCAGCGCCGCAGGUGACUGAUGCAGAGAAGCGAACGCCUUCCAAGGCCGCCGCUGUUCCGCGCAUGCGCCGAUCCGUCUCAGCCAAGAGACCUGAUAGCGCCUUGGAGGACGAACCUUCUCCGGAGGAGGCUUCUAUGGGCCAUUUGCCGCCACCACCGGAAGUGUUGCACGCGGCGGCUGUGAAGAUUCAAAGUGCUGCCAGGGGUCACAAAGGACGUCAGAAAGCAGCUGCACUGGCUGCAGCCCAGCGAAGGCAGCAGGCGCCCGAACACCGUGCGACCGAAGAGGCCGAAGAGGCCGAAGAGGAGGACCUGGAGUCAGAUGAGGAGUACUACGAGGCGCGUCGUGUGACGCACCUGGGCCCAGCACUGACUGAGUGA